CGUGCAUGUAGUGCGUCAUAUUACGGUCCACCGAUAAUGGUCGCAUACUGAAAGAAAAGAAUUGUGUGACACUCAAAACGAUUCCAUCAAUUAACGAGGCCAAAGAAUGUCUAUCAAUUUGUCGAAACGGAUUUAAAAAGUAUAGUUUAAAAAGUUGUCAUCAUCAGCUGAUACCCUCACGAUCGUAUAUAGAACUGCAGCCAUUAUCAACGACGAAAGUUGCCAAGACGGACAAGAAUAACAAUAACAAAUCCAAGCUAUCUAUCAUAUAACUACAACUGAUAUCACCGCAAAAUGUUGUUUGUGGAUAUACAGUAUUCAUUGGUUUAAUAUAUACUCAUCAAAAUGCUAGUAGCAAGAGUAUAACUUACCAAUUAAAUAGUUUUGAUUAAAUAAAGUUAAGAAAAUCAUAUGUAAAGAUGGGAGGUGCAUUUAGUAGUGGGCAAGACAAUGAUGAACUUGUAGACAAUCUUGUUGACUCUGGAUAUAUCAGAUCAAAGAACAUUGAACAGGUCUUUAGAGCAGUUGAUAGAGGAGAUUAUUUUCUUUCCUCACACAGAGAUAGUGCUUAUAAAGAUUUUGCUUGGAAGCAUGGUAAUAUACAUUUGUCAGCACCAUGCAUUUACUGUGAAGUCAUGGAAGAACUUGCUCUCAAACCAGGGCUUAGCUUUUUGAAUUUAGGUUCUGGAACUGGAUAUUUAAGUACUAUGGUAGGCUUGUUAUUAACCCAAAAUGGUACAAAUCAUGGUAUUGAACUUUACGAAGAUUGUGUUAGAUAUUCAUAUGAUAGACUAGAUGAGUUCAAACAAAAAUCUUUGGCUCUCGAUGAGUUUGAUUUUUGUGAGCCAACUUUUGUUCAAGGGAAUUGUUUGAGUGCAGUACCUGGACGUAGAUAUGAUAGGGUAUAUUGUGGAGCAACAUGUCCUGAAACUCAUGAAGAACUAAUUAAGGAGUUUGUGAAAGUUGGUGGUAUUUUAGUCAUGCCUUAUAAAGACCAUUUAGUCAAAAUCAAGAGGGUGGAUGAGUCUAAGUGGGAACAAAAAAUAAUACUGCCAGUUUCUUUUACUACUUUGAUUAUUCCCCCAGCAAACGAGUCACCAUGUCAAUUACCUGAUUGUCAUCCACUCUCUUUACAAGAGUUAUGUCGUGGUAAAAUUCGCAGGCGACUCCGCCAUAAUGUUUGGGUAGAACACACAGACUUGGAAACGCGAAAAUCGAUCUCGUCCCAAAGGUGCCGACCAAGUCCACCUCAUCAAAAUCUACGUCAAUACGUCAUACCAAUUUUCGAAGAAUCUGAUGAAAACUUAUCAGACGAUAAUGAAGAAUCUCGCGUACGUGAGAAUCAACUGUUACUUAGCGUUGACGGUCCACCAGGUGAAAAUUUGCGUACUACAUUACAAUUUGUACGGGCUGUCAUUCGACCGAACAAUACCGAAAACGGCGAUAAUGAUAAUGAUGAAGAUGACUAUAUCAAUUGGCCUUACGAAGAAGAAUCUCCGAGUACAGAGGAAGAUACUCACUGUGAUACUAAUUUUAGUAGUGAGAGGGAACGACAGGACUCUGAGAGCAGCUCCGAGCAGGAUUCGGCUUGCGAAAAAUUUCAGUCCGAAGAAAAUAACGAUGAUAAUAUCGAUAAACUCGAUGGAAGGCCAGGACCAACUUCUGGUUUUUCCGCUUAUUCAAAUAUGAGUGAGAGUGAGAGUGAUCAGGAUGAUGACAACGAACGCAAUGCAAAUCGCGAGUCUCGUUCAUCUUCAGAUCAUCAAUCAACAACUACACAUAGAAAAAAACAAAAUCGUAGAGACAAAGGUGACAGUGGUAUUGUGGACGAUGUUUGCAAUGCUGGAAACGAUGAGGCUAGUUUUAGUUCCGAUUCAGAAUUUGCACAUGGAACACCAGUGAAACACAAGCGCAGCUCCUCCAGUACACGAGAUAAUAACGACAGAGAUAGUGAGCCGACCAGCAAACGCAGCCCAUUAAAAACGUUAAAUUGCAGUGAUAAUCUAUUCACAGGUCAUUAUGUCGAUACAAAUGCUUUUUCGUCUUACAUGAAAGAGAAAAUACACCAAUUACCUCUGCCCUACUCUGUCAAGUUAUAUGUAAAUUACAAUCGAAAUUUGUAAUUUUUAUAGACUAUAUAAGUUUGAAUAGAAGUAUGAGAAUACAGUACGAAUGAUUUGAUGCUAUUUGAAGUUUUAAAAGUAUAAAAAGAUCGCCUAAUCUGUAAUUUUGUAUUUCUUAAAAUUAUACUUUCGAAGUAAAAAAUGCUACUCGUUAUACUUUCUGAAAUGAUAUUAUUUUUCAAUGUACUUGAUUUAAGAUAUAUACAUAUAUAUAUAGCAUAUAGCAUAUAUAGCAUAUAUAGCAUAUAUAUAUAUAUAUAUAUAUAUAUAUUAUGAGAAAGAUUCAAAUACGCCGUUUUAUGCAUUUUAUUUUAUGGAUUAUCUUUGAAAUAUGUAUGUAUAUAUGCACAUAUAGACAUAUAUAUGCUCGCGCGCGCGUGUGUGUUUAUAAUUCAUCUAAAUACUUGUUAUAACUUAAACUUUAUGUAGAUAUAUUUUUUAAAUAAAUAAGAAUGUAAAUAAAUUUGAAAUGGAAGGCAUGGAAAUAAUAUCGUUAAAUUA